AUGUCUUCCCGCGGCUUAGACCCUUUUUAUCCAUCCACUUACAAAAGAAGAGUGGUUGGGCUCCAUGCAAGAUAUGAUGGAGGAAUAGGAUCAAGGUCCACUUAUUCAAGCUACUCUGCCCCUUUUUCUUUUGCUUCAUCACGCAGAAGUUAUCCCAUGCACAGCCGUGUUAUUUCUAGCCCUGUACCGCUUUCUGCACCGGUGACUGCAGCUGUGACCGAUUUACGUCUUGACCAAGCAGCCCAGGUCAGCUCUGAGUUCAAAGUUUUGAGGACCCAAGAAAAAGCUGAGCUGCAGGACCUCAAUGACCGCUUUGCCAGUUUUAUUGACAGGGUGCAUGAUUUGGAGCAACAGAAUAAGCUAUUGGAGACUGAGCUUCUGCUACUUAGACAAAGGCAGACCCAGCCAUCCAACUUGAGGGCCCUUUAUGAGCAAGAGAUCCACCAGCUUCAUGCAGUGCUAGAUGGAGCCAGAAGUGAGAAGCAAGCAGCCCAGGAUCACAAGGACCAACUGGAGCAUGUGUUUCAAAACAUGCAAAAGCAAUAUGAAGAUGAAGUCCUGGCCAGAGAGGAGGCAGAGGGGCAUAUGAUGAAUGCUAGGAAGGGAGCAGAUAAAGCAGCAUUGGGGCAGGCUGAGUUGGAGAAGAAGGUUGGGAAUCUCCUGGAUGAGCUUGAUUUCUUGAAGCGUGUAUGUGAGAGCGAGAUGGCCGAACUCCAAGCUCAUAUCCACUACACUGCGGAGGUGACAGUAGAAAUGGAGGUAGCCAAACCAGACCUCUCCACCUCUUUGCGGGACAUUCGACUCCAGUAUGAGAAGUUGGCCCAGCACAACCUGCAGUCAGCUGAGGAGUGGUUCACCAACAAGAUCAAAGUCAUGACUGUGGGCAGCGCACAUGACACAGAAAGUGCCAGAAGUGCCAAAGAUGAGGCCGGAGAGUAUCGCAGACUGCUCAAUGCCAGAUCCCUGGAGAUUGAAGCCUGUAGGGAAAUGAACCAAGCUCUGGAAAACCAAAUACAAGAAGUGGAGGAGAAACAAAGUGCUGAAGUUCAAGCACUUCAGGAUACCAUAAAUCAAUUGGAGGAUGACCUCCGGGCAAACAAAGCUGACAUGGCUCAUUAUUUGAAAGAUUAUCAAGAGCUGCUCAAUGUGAAGAUGGCUUUAGAUAUUGAGAUUGCAGCAUAUAGGAAGUUGCUGGAAGGUGAGGAGAGCCGUUUGAAUGUGUCAGUUCCAGCUCACAGUGUCUACUCCCAGACCGUGUACAGCAGUCCCCCAUAUGGCCAACUUCUGCUCUGCUCUGCUCCUCCUGGUGGUACUCUGCUUUGCUCCUCCCGGUGGUACUCAUCCACACUUUCCACCGAGGAAAAAAUAUCCUCCAGCCAGGCACAGCAGGCAGAGACCAGUCCACCCAAUGAGCCUGAAGAGGAAGAUGGGGAGGAAGAUGGGGAGGAAGAUGGAGAGGAGAGGAUGGAACCAAAGGAAGAAGAACAAGAAGAAGCAGGGGAUGAAGAAGAGGAAGAACAAGUAGAAGAAGGGGGUAAAGAAGAGGAAGAAAAAGUAGAAGAAGAGGGUGAAGCAGAGGAUGAAAUCCAUGAUGGUGAUGAUGGAGAUGGAGGGGAUGGAGGUGAACAGGAAGAGGAAAAAGAGGAGGAUGGUGACGGAGAAGUAGGAGAUGAAGGGCAGGAGGAAAAGGAAUCCAAAGAGUCAGUGGAGACUGAGAAGAAAACUGAAACAACAGAUCAAAAGGUGUAA